AUGAAAACUAUGUUCAAGUCUCAAGAGUUGUGGGAUAUGGUGGAAAACGGGUAUACGGAACCGGCAGAGGCACCGGCUGAACCAGAUCAAAGGCUACGGGAAAAUAGGAAAAUAGAUGCAAAGGCUCUGUUCUUAAUCCAAUCGGCAUUGGAUGAUGAAAUUUUCCCACGAAUUUCCGUUGCGUCAACAUCGAAACAAACCUGGGAGAUUAUCAAGCAAGAGUAUUUUGGUGAUAAGAAGGUGUUAAGGAGUUUGAAUAGUGAUUAUAAACAUAUUGUGACUGCAAUUUUAGAGUUUAAGGACAUAUCAACUUACAAAUUUAAUGAGUUAAUGAGUUCAUUAAUGGCUCAUGAGGAGAGAAUGGAUAAGUCUACGGAUGAAAACGUCGAGGAAAAAUUCUUUCAAGUUACGGGGCAAAUGUCAGGUGAUUGGUAUUAUGGUGAAGGUCGUGGUCGCGGUAUAGGUAGUCGUGGUUGUGGUCGUGAUGGAGAUGGUCGUGGUCGUGGUAGAUUCGAAGGACAACGUCAAUCCAUGAGUAGUGUUCAAUGCUACUAUUGCAAAAGGUAUGGUCACAAAGAAGAUAGAUGUUGGGAUAAGCAACGUGAUGAGAAAGAUAAAGAGCAAACUAAUUUUGUUAAAAAUGUCAAAGGAGAAGAAAUCAACCUCUUCUAG